GUUCAAAGCUUGAGAAAUGAGGUUAGGGGUUCUCUGAACUGUGGAUGUUAGAUGUAUUUGUAGGCAGUAGGACACAAAAAAUGGCAAAAUGAUUAAACUCGAGGCAAUUCUGAGUUAGCAGUUGUAUCAAUUCUCCAUCAUGCCCCUCUCUGAAUUUUAUAGAAUGGCUAAAUCGAAGCUUGAAUCUACCAAACAGAAAGCAACAUGCCCAACUGAUCUAUCUUUUGUACCUGAUAGUGACGUUUUUGAGCUGGUUUGCGAAAAUGGUCAGAUUAUGAUGCAAGGUCAGUCGAGUAGAACUAGGAAGAACCCUACUUUUACCAACUUGCCAUCGCACUCACCCAGAUUUCGAGAUAAGGAUACAGGGAAUGCUAGCACUUCAAAGUUGGGGAAGUUUGGGCCAAUGGAGUCUAUUGUAAAUGAUAUUCCAAUGUUGGUGCCUUCAGGUGAAAUGGGUUUGAGUCAAGAUGAUGACAUGUUACCUUGGUUGAAUUAUCAAGUUGACAAUACUCUGCAACAGGAUUAUUAUUCUGAACUCUUACCUGAGAUAUCGUGUGUCACUGUAAAUGAGCCCUCCACCCAAAGUAGUUUUAGAUUGACAGGUAAGAGAAAUAGUUGUAACCAGAAACUUAGUGAUUCACAAAAUCUGUAUGUACAAAAUGGUGUAAAUUUAGAACAGGGAAAUGCAUCAAAGGUUUCUUCUUCAAGAACCAGGGAAUUGUAUCCGUGGUUAACACAGGAAGGCCAAACUGCAUUUCCAACUCUUGGAACAGGAGUUUCAGAUAUGGUUGGCAAUAACAAUACCAGCACUAGCCAACCAACAGAUUGUGGGGAUUUGCUUCAGGGCCUAGCUUCAUCAGGUGGUUUUCCUAGCAUGAACAUGCAGAAGCAAGAUUCAGGGCUGCCAUGUAGUACCUCCACUUUGUUAAACUUCUCCCAUUUCUCAAGACCAGCUGCUGUUGUUAGAGCUAAUCUUCAAAACGUUGCUCCUGUGGCUGCUCCGGGUUUGUCACAUAUUCAAAUAAUGGGAAAUAUGAAUAACGAGUCUGCAGCAGGUGGUAGGAGUCCUUCCAAAUCCGCACUCAUUGAUCCGAGCAGUAGUUUACAAAAGGGAAUGGGGUUACACAGUCAUCCUAAUUUGGUGUUAGCCAAGGUAGAUUCAAAACAAUCAGAGAUUGAGCCACCCCUAGAGUCUCCUAAUGCUGAGCAAUCUGAUGCUAUUUACCAGGAAGAUGCCAUCAAGAAUGAUAAGUCUACUAAUGAAGUUCUUAGUGCAAGCUUGACUAAAGGAGUGCCAGGUGGUGAAAAAACAGUGGAGCCAUUGAUUGCUUCUUCUGCGUGCUCAGAUAAUAGUGUAGAGAGAGCUUCUAAUGAUCCAACAAACACUCUCAAAAGAAAAUGCCGGAAUACCGAUGAUUCUGAUUGCCGAAGUGGAGAUGUUGAAGAAGAAUCGGUGGGUGCCAGAAAAGUGGCUCCUGCUCGAGGAGGUAUAGGUUCCAAGAGAAGCCGAGCAGCAGAAGUGCAUAAUUUAUCUGAAAGGUACUUUUUAGUGGAGCUCAAAGACAGCUGGUUUGUGAAGAUUGCAAUUUUUGGAAAGCUAUGUAAAGCAUGUGAAUUAGCGUUUGUUGGUGGGUUCGAGAGUUCAUCGUUGCCCAGAAGUUCAAAGCUUGAGAAAUGA